UUUAACUGCAGCCAUGUCUGAAGCGCCGAAAGCAAAGCCAAAAAUAUCUGCAUCUCGCAGACUAUACUUGAAGACCAAACUGCUAAAGAAGGCCAUGGUAAUGCUGGAGAAUGACAAGCAAGAGAGGAAAGCUGAGCGAGAGAGAGUCCUUGGUGAGAGAGUCCCACCACUCCAGCUGUCAGGCCUGUCUCUGCAGGAUCUACAGAAUCUGUGCAAAGAGCUACACCAGAAAAUUGACGUCGUUGAUGAAGAGCGGUAUGACAUUGAGGCGAAAGUGUCCAAAAAUGAGAGGGAGAUUCAGGACCUUUCUCAGAAAAUUUAUGAGCUGAAGGGCAAGAUGAAGAGACCAAACCUGAGGAGAGUGAGGGUGUCUGCCGAUGCCAUGCUGGGAGCUCUGCUGGGAGCCAAGGUCAAAGAGUCCGUGGACUUCAAGGCCAACCUGAAGACUGUGAAGAAGGAGGAGGAGAAGAAAGAGGAGGUGACUGACUGGCGUAAGAAUGUGGAUGCCAUGUCUGGUAUGGAGGGCAGGAAGAAGCUGUUCGAUGCUGGCCAGUAG